GGCAGCCCUCCAAAUCAGACUUCGACACUUUCGAUUCUCCCAUUGGUUUCUCUCUCCUCUGCAACCAUCUCUCCUUUCUCUCUCUUCCGCCUUCUCUCUCUCUCUCUCUCUGUUUCUCUCUCCUCUGCUCCUGCUUCUUCUGCAACAGUGACGAGGCGAUCUUCCUCCAUCUUCGAUCGAUCCUCCUCAACCGAAACCCGACCCGGAAACGGAUUCCGGGUCCCUGACGGCGCAUCCCCUGCUCAGCCCCGUUCGCAAUGCCGUCUCCCCUCCUGCCCAUCACCAACCCCUCCUCCCACCACCAUGCCUCCUCCCUCUCCUCCCUCGCCUCCUCGCCGGCGUCCGCCGUCUUCGGCUCCAAGAACGGCGGCGCCGGCGGCGGCCGCGGCCGCGACGACGAUCCGAUUGCGAAUCUCCUCAUCUCCUCCCCCUUCGACGACGAGAAGGCCGCCUCCGUCCGGCCCCUCCUCUCCAGGACCUCCAGCUACGCCUCCGCCGGGGUUGCCCCCGCCGCGGCCGCCGCCCCCUCCUCCGGGCUCUACCAGCAGCGUCGGCGGCGGUCCGCCAGCGAGAACUCCCUCUCGUCGAUGUCCGACAACGGCCGGCACCAGCCGCUGGGGCGCGAGGUCGCGGAUGCAACUUCUACCCGCCUCGGCUGGAGGCUCUUGAAAUAUCUUGGGGUAGGCUACAGAUGGAUUACAAGAUUUCUUGCUCUUGGGUGUUAUUCCUUGUUACUAAUGCCUGGUUUUGUCCAAGUUGGGUAUUACUAUUUCUUCUCUAGUCAGGUACGCAGAGGAAUAGUUUAUGGUGAUCUACCCCGAAAUAGGCUCGAUUUAUAUCUGCCAAAAAACAUGGAUGGGCCAAAGCCAGUUGUUGCAUUUAUAACUGGUGGAGCCUGGAUUAUUGGCUACAAAGCAUGGGGAUCUCUUUUAGGUCAACAGUUGUCAGAAAGAGACAUCAUAGUGGCCUGCAUUGAUUACAGAAACUUUCCCCAAGUUACCAUUGGCGAUAUGGUUAAGGAUGCUUCCCAGGGCAUUUCUUUCGUGUGCAACCAUAUAGCUGAGUAUGGAGGCGAUCCAAACAGAGUAUAUUUAAUGGGACAGUCUGCUGGGGCACAUAUUGCUGCUUGUGCACUCUUGGAGCAAGCAAUCAAAGAGUGUGGUGAAGGAGAGAGCACUUCUUGGAGUGUGUCUCAGAUUAAAGCUUACUUUGGUUUAUCUGGAGGGUACAAUUUGUUAGAACUUGUUGAUUACUUUCACGGUAGAGGCCUGUACCGCUCACUCUUCCUGGGCAUCAUGGAGGGUGAACAAUCAUUACAACGAUAUUCUCCGGAUUUAGUGGCCCGGGACCCAAACAUAAGAACUGCUGUCUCUCGUUUGCCUCCUGUAAUUUUGUUUCACGGCACUGCAGACUAUUCUAUUCCAUCAGAUGCCAGUAAAAAUUUUGCGGAGACUCUUGGAAGAGCUGGAGUGAACGCGGAAGCAAUAUUGUACAAAGGGAAAACCCACACUGAUUUAUUUCUCCAGGAUCCUAUGAGGGGUGGCAAAGAUGAUAUGUUGGAAGAUUUGGUGGGCUACAUACAUGCUGCUGAUCCAGAAGCUCGCGCCAAGGAUGCGGCAGCUCCUCCUAGACGUCGGAUGGUACCCGAGUGUAUGUUGAAGUUAGCACGUGCCGUCAGCCCAUUUUGAAUUGUAAUGUUGCCAUUAGGUAGCUCAAAGACAACCGACCUUUCGAAGUAAUCAUAGUUAGAGCUUAGGUGACUGUGAAUAAUAUUCUAUUCUAAGCUCACUUUAGUGUUUUUGCUCUAGUAUUUCUCUUCCUCGCCUACUUUUUACUGUCAUUGUUCAGCUACUUAAAUUUUGGUCAAUUUUGGUCUCUUUCUUAAGAUCUCCAAGGAAGAUCCCUUGAACUGGAUGCUCCCUGUUAGGGAUGAUCGGGUUCAGGGUGAGUAGGGUCUAGAUCUGAACCUUAUAUCCAACCCUAUUAUAACUGGUUCUCAUUUUUUGGACCAUGUACCUGAUCCUGUUUGUAUUGAA